GCAGAAACUCUCAACCACAAUCACCACCGCAUGCCAGCCCACGAAUAAAUAAAUAACAGAACUACGAGGAUUUCUGGAUAUCGACACUCGCUGCAUUUACAGCUGUUAUAUUCAUUUGGCUUUUGCGCACACGGCUAACUCAUCGCCAACCCUCCGCUUCCCCCUCGACGUUGACAUUUAGCUAAGGACGUAGCCAUUCGAUAAAUGGAUAGGUUCUAUUGGGAUAUGCGCACGUAAUAUUUCGAUUUGGAAUCAAACACACGCAUUUUACGUCAGGAAGAGACUCGCACUAUAUUCUAAAUACGUCCUCGACUUCUGAUCGACAGGUCAACAAACACAAUUGCGGUUCCUCAAAGCAUGAGAGUGAUUUUGCUAGCUCUUGUCAAAAGCCCUGUAUUUUGAGCUGCCAGAUAAUGGCUCGUCCUUUUCCCUACACGUUCAUAUCGUGUCCCUGCGCAGAGACGCCGAGCACUCCUGCGCUCCCUACAAACAGGCUCUCAAGGGACCUUUCAAAUAUCACACUUAGCGGUCAACGACUAGACCCCGAUACCGAUGACGAAGACCGAACCUUUGAUCCGAGAUCAUCUCGAGCGAAUUACUCUCUUUACCCCCCUGAACAUCUAUUGUACUGCGAGGAUUGCCAUCAAAUAAAAUGUCCAAGAUGCAUAACGGAAGAGAUAGUAUGUUGGUACUGCCCAAAUUGCUUGUUUGAAACACCAAGCAGUAUGGUUAGGAGCGAAGGGAACAGGUGCGCGCGCAAUUGCUUUAACUGUCCAAUAUGUACCUCACCCCUAUCGGUCACAACUCUUGGGAGCGCCGACAAUGGAGCCCAGAACGGACCUUGGAUACUGUCAUGCGGAUACUGCAUGUGGACAACUCUUGAUAUUGGAAUCAAAUUCGAUAAGCCAACCAACAUUCGUGCUCAGCUUACCUCAUUAAGUAAUGGCCAAAACCGCAGCUCCCCUGAAAUUAAAUCCCCCCUGGCAAACCUCACCUCUCCGGACGACGGAACAGGCCUUGAUUCUCAAGAUGAAAGAUUGGCUGGGACUGCUUUUUCAGAAGAAAAGCCAGCAACGAUUGACCCAGAGUCCCGUUUCUCUGCUCUGAAGUCAUUUUACAGAAACCAGUUAACGGAAACAUCAACAUCUCCGACAGAUCCCCUGGUUGGACCCGAACUAGGAGGCUUUUAUUCUUCUCCGAGUGCGUUAAACCGUAUCAUGUCGCUCUACACUGCAGGAAUUGGCAAUCUUCAUGGCGCUGGUAGCAAAAAGCCUAAGUCAAAACCACCAGUGAUGCGCGAGGCCCUCACACCCGCAGAAGGCCUCCACAUACCUGAUCCUAACACUGAACAAGCAAUCAUCCAAAAAAUGGCUUCCCCGGACUGUGGUUGGGACGGCCUUGCGUCUGUGGAGCAAAAGGUCUCCCAACCCCCUUCUACAAGAUUUGUCGAUGAGUUACGUCCUCUCCCCGUCCUCCUUCGCACCAAGAGAUCAAAACGCUGCAAAGCGUGCAAACACAUCCUCGUCAAACCCGAAUUCAAACCACAAUCAACCCGCUUCCGAAUCCGUCUAAUAGCCCUCAGCUACAUUCCACUCACGAUCAUGCGUCCUUUACCUCCAUUUCCCGCGAGCUCCCCCCCGGUAAACCUCGACGCCCUCGAACCCGGUAGACCCGUGCAAUUCCUCAUCACCCUAAAAAACCACAUGUUCGACCCUAUCCGUAUCACCCUAGCUACCCCAUCAGUAACCCCCGGCCGUGUCGAGUCAAAGGUUACGAUGCUUUGCCCGCAAUUUGAAGUGGGUGCCAACAGCGAUGUCUGGGACGAAGCUCUGGCAUCAUCGGCAGCGCAAGACCCGCGCUCUUCCAGAUCAGGACUGGAUAAAGUCGCCGAAGCAGGAAAGAUAUGGGAUAAGGGAAGGAACUGGACGACCGUGGCCAUGGAGGUUGUGCCGGGGUCGCUUCCUGAUUUAGCUCCGGGCGAGGAGGAUGAGGACGAGGAGAGUGAUGUGACUGGAAUGGAAGAAGAUGAAGAUGUUAUUGAGAUUCCGGUGUUUGUGCGGGUGGAGUGGGAGGCUGAAGGUGGUGCAGAGGACCUGGGUAUGAGACCUGAUACAAGGAGGCAGCAGGAGGCGGAGAUGGUGAAGAGGGAACUGGCUUAUUGGAUGGUGCUAGGGAUUGGGAGGAUUAAACGGGCUGGACACGGGCAUCGCCACUAGCUACGCUUGGUUCCAGACACACCACUGUCCUUUUCCCGUUCUUGAAUUUUCGUUACUUUUUCUUCCGGACUUGUUCGACAAGAUACCUAACUUUCUGUUUACUCCCGUGCCUCGCAUAUUAUACCACCUUCCACUUCUUGUAUGCGAUACCAGAUUGGCGGUAUUACAAUCCCCAACCAUCCUCAAUUUUGCAUUUGCAUCCGUUUGUACCCUGUGCGCCCCGCUAGUCGCAUUCCUUUCAUUUUUGUGCAGGUCCAACGUCGCAAAUUGUGGCCAAAGGUACGGAAGAACGGUGCCAAGGACAGCAACACCUCUUUUCGUUCAGGUAUCAUCCUCAAAUUCCUCAAGACUCAUGAAUGUAUUUUCCGUACAGUUAAGGAAGCUCGUUUAUGUAAACAACACGCAGGAGAGAGAUAUCGUAGGUGAGAGGGCGGAUAAAAAACGAUAUAUAAAAGGAACAAAAGAAAAAAAAACAAAAAAAAAAAGAAAAAGCGUAACAUAAAACUGCUAAGAUUGCGGAAACCCAUCGCUUUAUUUCCCAUUAAAAAACGACAAAGUUUUCCGAACUUAUUAUUUUAUUUCAUUGCCCCUUUCCUUCCCCCAUGACCGGAGAAAAAAGGAAAAGAAAAAGCAACAAAUAAGACCCCAGCGUUCCACACCGACCCUGCUCCCCAGACCUGUUUCCCGCACCUACAUCCUAUUUAAAGAACCAAGCGCGAGAAAAAAGAGAAGAAAAUUUAACUUUAACAUUUUUAUUUUCUUUCCGCUCAGACCUCUAAAACUCCGUAGCACUGCUUUGCGGGAACUCGAAUCUGACACCACGGCCCGUCAAUCUCCGGUAGACCUCGCCAUAUGCAUCGAGGCGGUGGUCGACACCGCCACGCUCCUUCUCGUGCAGGAUAACCUUGAGCACCUUGGUGCCGUCCUCCUUUGUUCGCAGACGCUUGCCGACGAUCUCGACGGGGUAGACGAUGUCGGUAAGGAUAGCCUCGUGGACAGCGGUGAGAGUGCGGGAGCGGGGGCGCUUCUGGGUCUGGGAGGUGCGAGAGCGGGCGGAGCGCUUGGGGCGCGGGAGAAUGCGGCGGGAAGCGAGGAUCAGGACAUGGCGGUCAGAGAACUUCUUCUCGAGUUCACGGGUAAGGCUAUAUUAGGAAGUCGGGUUAGUGGGUUGAGCUUGAGUUUUGUGGACUGGUUGGAUAUGACUUUGCGAAUUGUCUUAGCGACGAAGAGAUUGGAUGUUGUCAUACCGUUGCUGGACCUUGUGGAAGCCCUGGAGGAGGGGGACUGGGACAAAGAUGACAAUAGCCUUCUUUCCGUGGCCGACUUCGAUCUAUAUUAUUCGAGCACACAUAUCAGUAUACGA